UCAACGUCGUUGUUGUUGUCGCUUGUAAAAGUGUCAGUUUUUCUGCUCGCUGGAAUUCGAUUUGCAAGGAUUAGUUUUUAAAAUUUUUUUUUGUGGACUGAAAAGCAGAGCAGCAGAAAAAUAUCGGUUGUUGAGAAAAAUGUACGUUCUGUCACAUCCACCCCACUUGAAAAACAUGCAAUAGGAGCAACAACUUAAUUCGACAAAUUAGUGGCGCAGUAUACACACUCAAACACACACUCUGUUACACUUACACAACUCGCAACUCCUAACUUUCAACUCGCAACUCCUAACUCGUAACUCACGACUCCACCGAGUUCAUUUAUCUAAGUUAACAGACAAGUGCAGAAAAAAUUCAAUUAAUACAAUUCAAUUAAUAUAGUCGGAAAGUGGUAAGUGGUAAGUGGUAAGUGACAAGACAAAGGAAAGGAAGGAAGGAAGGACAUUUUAAUAGAGUCUAAAAAUAAUUUGCUUACGCGUCGAGUCAAUUUAAUUAAAUCAGUUUCGGAAAGUUUAUAAACAUAACAAAAUACCAACGAAGUUAUGAGUUGUGUGUACUGAAAAAGCGCUGACUUCAUCGUCCACAUGGUGGACAAGUUUCAAAGACGUACACUUUUGACAACACCAACAACACCCUCAGCUACUCCUAAAGCAUGAUAAAGUAGAGGGAACGGAUUUACACUGCAGGACAUUUUAUUUUGGGAUUUGUGAAAUUUGUGAAAAAAGCGAUUGCAAACGAGAGUGAGAAAGAAGUGUACUUCAGUAUGAAAGCGGCUGUAAAGAAGAUGUUUUGUGGCGCUAUUGGCUUAACGACGAUUAUUGCUAUUUUCCUACUAGCAGCUUUGGAAAAGGUUGAUGCUCAAAACCCACCUCAGCAGCAAAUUUGUCCUGAGCAAAAUGAUAUCUCACCCUGCAUAUGUACGGUUAAGAAGAAUGGUUUGGACAUACUGUGUGAAGCAACCGAUUUGGCGCACAUAACUAAGUCAAUGAGUACAUUGAAAGGCAAAAGUCCCAUUAUCUUCUACUUGAAACUACGGCAUAACAACUUACCGAAGUUACAAGGUUUUGUAUUUCUAGCACUCGAUAUACGUCACAUAACCAUACAUAACAGCAGUUUGGCCGCUAUUGAGGAAAAUGCACUCAGUUCAUUAGGAAGAGGUUUAACUCAACUCGAUGUAUCGUUAAAUCAAAUGAAAACUGUACAAUCCCAAGCUUUAAAACAUCUCUAUCAUCUUCUAAUUUUGAAUUUAAAUCAUAAUAAAAUAACUGUUAUUCACAAUAAUGCUUUUGAAGGGCUUGACACAUUGGAAAUAUUAACCCUAUAUGAAAAUAAAAUCACCCUUAUCGAACCAGAAGCUUUUAGAGGAUUAGAGAAAAAACUAAAGCGUUUAAAUUUGGGUGGUAAUGAAUUGACUGCCGUUCCCCAAAAGGCUUUAUCCAUACUAGAUACGCUUAAGAAAUUGGAAAUACAAGAAAAUAAGAUAAGAACAAUACGUGAAGGUGACUUUGCAGGUUUAGAGAGUUUGGAUUCCUUAAUACUCGCUCAUAACAUGAUAACAAGUGUACCUGCUAAUGUAUUCUCACAUCUCAAUCUACUUAACUCAUUGGAAUUAGAAGGCAAUAAAAUUAAUCAAAUUGAUAAAGAAGCCUUUAAGGGUUUAGAAGAAAAUCUACAAUAUUUACGUCUGGGAGAUAACAACAUACAAGCUAUACCCAGUGAAGCUCUGCGACCUCUACACCGUUUAAGACACUUGGAUUUGCGCAACAAUAAUAUAAGUUUCAUUGCUGAGGAUGCGUUUACUGGAUAUGGAGAUUCAUUAACUUUUCUUAAUAUUCAAAAAAAUGAUAUUAAAGUUUUGCCAAGCAUGAUAUUUGAAAAUCUCAACUCACUUGAAACCCUAAACAUGCAAAACAAUAAAUUAGCACGUAUCCCUCAAGAUAUUAUGGAACCAAUUAUAGAUACAUUACGUAUAAUUGAUAUAACAGAUAAUCCACUCACAUGUUCAUGUGAGUUAACUUGGUUUCCAAAGUUAUUGCAGGAUUUAAAGAACAAAGAUGAUGAAAUGGCGCAAAAGAAGAAACCACUCUGUCAUAUGCCAAUGGAGAAUCGGGAAUAUUAUGUGCAAGCAAUGCCAUUGGAAAAAAUGCACUGUGCUGGACAAAAUGUUGGACCUUCAAGGUCUAGUGGUGUCCUAUGGCGUAUCGUACAAGUAAAUAUAUUGGCUAACUUUAUGAUUAGCCUGAUGGGAAUGUGGCAUUAGAAAUAUAGAAGAAGAUUUGCUAAUGCAUAUAAUCUAUUUAUAAGAGUUACGACAACUAAACAUAUCAUAUUAUCAUAGAUACGUGUACUGCUUCUAUUGCUUCUAUUUGAGAGUUAAUAACUCCAUUAUAAUACUAUCAUCAUA